AUCUGCGGUUGAUAGGGUUCUGCAUUCAACUUGUCACUCUAUCAAGGGCAGAGAUUUGCACUGAAAAAAAGAUACGAUGAUUGCAAGUCAACUUUUGUUACCUCUGGCGGCGAGCUUCUCCGUCGCGACGGGUCGCUCCUCAACGCCAAAUUUCAUCUUCAUUAUGACCGACGAUCAGGAUAUGCAUCUUAAUUCCUUGGACUAUCAGAAGUCGGUCCAGAAGCAUUUUGCGCAGGAGGGGACGUGGUUCAAGAAGCACUUCUGCACCGUGUCCUUGUGCUGUCCUUCUCGCGUGUCGCUUUUGACGGGGAAGGCUGCUCACAACACUAAUGUGACGGACGUUUCUGCUCCAUACGGCGGAUACCCCAAGUUCAUUGCAGAGGGUUUCAAUGAUAAUUACCUGCCAGUAUGGCUCCAAGCUGCUGGGUUCAACACGUACUACUCUGGCAAGAUGAUGAACGGCUUCUCCACCUCAACUUACAACAACCCGCGCAUACAGGGCUGGAACGGAUCAGACUUUCUCGUCGAUCCCGGCACCUAUAUCUUCUACAACAGCACCAUGGUUCGGAACAACGGCACACACAAAAACUACCCUGGCGAGUACUCUACCGAUCUCGUUGCUGCCGCAGCAGUGGGAUUCCUCGACGAAGCUAUUGCUGCUUCGGAUCGGCCGUUCUUUCUUGGUGUGGCGCCCAUCUCUCCCCAUUCUGAGACCAUCACAAACCCGAGACCGACAAAGUUCAAUCCGCCGGUCCCUGCGAAGAGACACGAGCAUCUCUUUCCCAAUGUGACGAUCCCGCGAACGCCGAAUUUUAACCCGGAUACGCCUGGUACUGCGUCGUACUUUAAGACGAUUAGACAGCUCAAUCAAUCUGAGAUCGAGUACAACGACAACUGGUACCGCAGAAGACUACAGUCCCUGCAAUCCGUGGACGAGCUCAUCGACUCAAUAAUGGAACGCCUGAGCGCCAGUCCCGAAGUCCUCGAGAACACAUACCUGAUCUACACUAGCGACAACGGUUUCCACAUCGGACAGCACCGCCUACCACCCGGGAAGAGCUGUAAUAUCGAGGAAGACGUCAACAUUCCCUUUUUCAUUCGAGGCCCCGGCGUGGCGAAGGGAGCCGUGCAAACCAUCCCCUCCAGCCACACGGAUAUUGUGCCCACAAUCUUCAGCCUCGCGGGAAUACCCUUGCGCGACGACUUCGACGGCGAAGUAAUCCCCGUUACGGACGACCUGCUAGCGAGCAGUGAGAAGAGCGAACAUGUCAACAUCGAGUUCUGGGGCGAGUAUCUGGUCGAGGGGAAUACGUUUUUCGGCCAGGACUACUUCCCGAACAACACGUACAAACACGUGCGCGUCAUUGGGGAGGAGUACGAUCUUGCGUAUGCGGUUUGGUGCACGAAUGAGCAUGAGCUGUAUGACAUGACGAACGACCCCUACCAGCUGCACAACGUCUACAACACCAAUGGAACCGUGAACGGGUGGUCCAUCGAGCGUCUGAGCUCGCGGUUGAAUGGUCUUUUACUCACGCUCAAGCGCUGCAAGGGGCACGCGUGCACCAGGCCGUGGGAGAAACUGUAUCCCGCGGGCGAUGUGCAGAAUCUGAAGGACGCGAUGGAUGAGCGAUACGAUGUGUUUUAUCUGGAACAUCAGCCUCCUGUUUCGUUCUCGGAGUGUGCGUUGGGGCAGAUAUUGAGCGUGGAGGGGGCGCUGGAGCCGGUGGUUUGGCAGGCCGAGUGGGAUGCUUGGAGUUUGAGUACUUGAGUUGGUGAUGAAGUAUAUAUGGAUAGUUCCUCGUGUUGUGCAAGGUAGUAGUCUGCAUGCCAUGUCGCACUACAUGAUGUACGCUGGGAGAUCGACCUCGUAAUCCAAUACGAACCGUCUCUUGACGUUGUGUGAUUGGCAGCCG